AUGGAACUUCAGACUAUUGGUCCAAUUACAUUAGACUCAUCAAAUUGUACUGAUUUACGUAGAGGACAGUGUGAUUAUCAACCAACAACAAUGACACAAAAAGCUAACUUAAAUACAUGCAAUCCCAGUUCAACAGCAUGCGAAUUCUAUGAUCCAUCAACAACACAACAAAUAGAAACAUGUCAAAUGGAAAUCAAUAGAAACUAUAAUAAUAACAAUACUAUACUUGAAAAGAUUAAAUAUAGCUAUCAAGCAUCAUCUACAUUUUCGGCACCCAAUCCGUCCUCUCCCAAAUUACCAUCGUCAAUAUUUCAUUGUACAUCGAAUACUACUAAAGCAUCAAGCAUUACUUCUACAUCUCCUCCUCCUCAUCCUAUUGCUAAUAAUAAUAGUAAUAAUAAUGCAAUGAACGCCCCGAAAUCUUCACCUAUAUUACUGACAAAUAAUCGACUUUCAGAAUUAAUAUCAAAUUGCUAUGAACAGCCUACAGCAAAUCUAUCUGUUGAUUGUUCUGAUGAACAAAUAGUCUUAACAAACACUGAAAAUUUUUCAUCAAAUACAUUAAACUCUUUUGUUAACAAUAAAAUUAAUAAAACUAAUCAAAAAGAUAAUGAGACAACCUAUUAUGAUCAUGUAUCAUUGAAUAAAUAUUUAAAUGAAAAUAAAGACUCUGUACAGUCUACAUUUUUUAAUCUUCCCACUACAACAUUAUCCCAUCCAACGAAUAUAACAUGUUCAACAUCCUUGUCAUCAUCGUCAUCAAGCAUGAUAGGAUUAUUUUCGACUAUAAAAGAACCAAUGAAAACUAAUAAUAUUUCAACAUCAAACAAUCUACAACAGUCAGUAAGAAAAAUAUCAAGUAGAACACCAUCACCUUCAGUGUUAACAGCACAUGAAUUAAAUAAUAAUACUAAUAAUGAACAAUAUUUACCUUCUGAAAUAGAACAUUCUAAGUUGUCUAAUUCUAUCGAGAAUAGAAUUAAAUAUUCAAAUACAUUAAACAAUGAUAUUAACUUUUAUAAUAAUACUAAUCAAUCGUCAUUAAAUUCUCAUUGUAAAUCGGAAUUAAACGUAAAUCUGUCGACAAAUGAUUCAUUGUUGAUAAUUAAAUCCUCUUCUUCAUCCACCUCCUCCUCAUCAUCAUUAUUGUCAUUAAUAUCUACUGCUAUCCCAUCAGUUACACCAUCAAUGUCAUCCACAUCAUCAUCAAUGUAUCAACUGAAUUCAAUGAUCAAUAUGAAUGAUCCUACUUGUGAUAGGCAUGAUUUAUAUCAUAAUGAAUCAAUACCGAUUAUAUCAUUCACAUGUACAACUAUUACAGAGACAGUCAGUACAAAUACAUGUUCCAACUUAUCAUCUGCUAAUUUUCCAGUUUGUUCUACACUUUCAAACAGUUCUUGUAUUACUACAGUAAAUUCUAUGCUACCUACAUUAUCAACAUCAAUAACUGAUCAUUCAAGUAAUAAUAAUAAUUUAUGUGAAAUAAAUAAAUUUAAUUUAUAUCAUUUACAAAAUCCGUAUUUGUUAACAGGUUUAGAAAAUUCUAAGUUUUCAAUUCAAUCGCAUUUAGAACAAUUUCCAGUAAAUCCAAUAAAUUUUGUUACAACAUGUUCGACAAACGUUACUUUUUCUACAAAUACUACUAAUACUGUCAUAAAUACUAAUACAAACAGUAAUAAUCAUAACAGUAAUGGUAAUAAUAGUGGUAAUAGUGAUGAUGAUGAUGAUGUUGUUAGUGGUGAUGGUGGUCAGAGAGGUGGUGAUAGUGACAGUAAUUCAGUAAUCCAGUUAUAUCAACAACAAUCAACUGGUGUAUUAUCAAGAUUUCCUACUCCAUUAACUCUGAUGUAUGAGACUAUGAAUAAUAAAACUAGUAUAAUGAAUAAUUUUCCGAUUUCCCCUAGUGCUCCUAAUUUUCCUCAUCAUCACAAUCACCAUCAAAAUCAACAACAUCAUCAGCAUGUUCAGCAUCCAUCUCAUCUUCAGCAUCAACAUCAUCAUCCCCAUCAACCACCACCGCCACAACAACAGCAUCAACUAAAUAGAUAUCAUAUGAAUAAUCCAUAUUUGAAUAAUUUACCAAUGAAAUUAUCAACAUUCAACUUGAUUUCAUCGUCAUCAUCAUCGUCGUCGUCACCAUCGAUAACAACAACACCACCGUCAUCAAUGUUUUCAUCAUCAUUAUUAUUAACAACAGAUACGACGAAAGACACUAUGACAACAACCACAAAAACAACAGUAAUUACUGAUGGGACAUUAACACCAACAAAUUUGCAAUCAACUUAUUUUCCUUAUUCAUUUGUCAGUAAUCAUAUGAUUACCAAUAGUAAUAAUAAUUCUAUUAACAAUGCUAAUAAUAAUCUAAUGGAUCGAAUUAAUACAGUAUGUGAUGAAUAUCUACCAUCAGAUUGUAGAUCAUCAGGUGGAAGUAAGAACUAA